GUUGCCAGUUGUUCUCGUUCAUUGCGCAGUGCGUCACAGAAACAAUCGCCACCCAAUAAGGCAUAAGCACAGCACGACGUAAAUAGUGUUAUCUACGACUUGGGUUUCAGACCGUGAUUUACGACUGAUAUGUGAUAUCUAAGAUCUAACACCACUUGAAAACKGUUUUUAGUUUUUAUACAAUAAUUAAUAUCAAUAUCAUAAUAUUAUUAUAGAUAUAAACAUUAAAAUAGUAAAGACGUUGUUACAACACAAAAGCAAUAUUUAUAAUAAUACGAAUAUAAACGCACACUAUUCUAUUGUCCGAAUAGGCGAAUAAUUUAUCAUAUGAAUUAGGGAUUUUUGUAGGGGCACAGAAUAGAUGGUAGGGAACUCCGACCAUGAUGAACAGUCGCACGUUUUCGUUCUCUCUCGAAUUCUCGAUAUUAAAAUAACUGACAACACUUGUAUAAAUAGUAAUUAGAUUAGUCGGUUAAACCGUUGUUAUUCGAGGACGUAUUUUUGGUGGUAGUCGACAUCUAUAACAUAAUAUUCAUUAUUCAUUCAUCAUUAACGUUUCCCCGUCACAGUCACACUUGUCCUUCGUUACGAAUCGGCGUUUGGUAUUGUAAGACGAGCUAUAUGCAAUGUCGCUGUUCAUUGUUGUUAUGUUAAGACCGUAAAUKUUAAUACUACAGACAUCAUAAUAUAGCAGAGCUACUGUGUUCAAAACGUAACCAUGAGUUCUCUAUACUCAACACCUAUUGGCUUAAUCUUUGUUUUUAACCUGAUUAUUGGUCCGGGUUCACUAACUUUGCCAGCUGUGGUUCAAGAAACUGGAUGGCUUUUGAGUGGUAUAUUUAUUGCCACUAUGGCUUUUUUAAGUUACAUUACAUUCUCAUUUGUUAUAGAAGCAAUCACGAUUACAAACUCUAUAACACAACUUCGUAAAUUACAAAUGAUGAAAAGUGUUACUAGRGUAUUGAAAUCGUGCAAGGAUAUGAUGCCUCAAGUUUCAUCAGUUAACUAUGAUAGACUUUCGAAUGCUAGCACGGAUAGUUAUAACAGUGACAAUGAAACGCCAAUUUUUGACAAUCCAGUAUUACCUACAUCUAGUUCUUUAAUGGACUUUCCUCCGGAAUCCGUUGAAUUACUUUCUCUUGAUAAUAGGAUAGAAAUGGGUGAAAUGGUAGCAGUAUUACUGCCUCCAUUUGCUAAAGUGAUGUUUUUUUUUUCCAUUAGUGGCUAUUUAUUUGGUGAUUUAUCUAUUUACUAUAAAGCAAUUGGGCAAUCACUUGUAGACUUUACCUGUGAUCUCAAAACAAAUGAUAGUUCUGCUAACAAAUCAGAUUUGUGUUGGGAAAGUUCUUCUUAUACUAAACAUGAAAUUUAUUUGAGCUACUUGAUGCUGUAUAUCUUAAUAAUAGGACCAUUCACGUUUUUUAGUGCCCAAAAGACUAAAUACUUGCAAGUUGUAGGUUUUUUCAUGCGUGUCAUUGCUAUUAUUGCAAUGGUUGUUCUAGCAACAAUACGAUUGAUUUCCUCAACYCAAAAUCAUGGGUAUACACCAGCAGCAAACUUUAUUGCUAUGCCACAACUAAUAGGUGCUUCAAUUUAUGCGUUUAUGUGUCAUCAUUCUAUCCCAUCUGUGAUUUCACCUAUCAAAAACAAAAACAAAAUACUGCUAAAAGUAGCAGCUAACUUCUUGUUAGUAUACACAUUGUACAUGUGUUUAUGUAUGACGGGUGUUUUUGCAUUCCCAAAAGUUAAUGAAUUGUAUACCAUCAAUUUCACACCAUCACAAGAUACUGGACUAUUUUAUAAACUAAUUGAUUCAAUAUUGGUUCUUUUCCCUGUACUUACAAUCAGUAUUAGUUUUCCAGUUAUUGCAAUUACAUUAAGAAAUAAUAUUCAAGUGAUGUUUCUUCCAACUGAUGCUCAUUGGAUCUGGAAGCGAGUAGUUAUACCACUAUUCUCCUUAAUUACACCUGUGCUACUAGCCGCAUUUGUGACACGUCUUGAAGAUUUAGUUUCGGUUGUCGCUGUUUAUGCUGGUACUGGUAUCCAGUAUGCGACCCCUGCAUUAUUGGUCAUGGCUGCGCGUGCUGAAAUUCCACAACAGGUGGCUGCAAUUAAAAAUGAUUAUUGCUCGCCAUUUAAAUCUAAAUACUGGCCAUUGUGCAUUCUGAUAUGGACAGUGAUAUGUGUGAUAGUCUUGACUAUUUCCUUGAUAAGUAAAGAAUUCCAAUGAAAGGUGAACUCACACUUAUUUUAACUUGUCACUUUAUAUUUUGUUUGUUUACCAAUCUAACUUUUAUCAUAUAAGUGCUACAUACAUACCUUUUAUUAAAAAAUUUUAUUUAAGAGAUAUUAAGACUAUGAUUUUUUAUGUCACGUGAAGUGUAUACAUAAUAUUUAACAUAGUAUAGGUGUUAUUAUUAAAA